ACUGAAAGGCCCCUCUUGAUUCGGUUUACGGAAGUCGCUUCGCUAUCACGCCGCUAAAGCUAGUACCAGCAUCUACUAUUUAGAUUAGUUGGACUUUUUCGCCGUUGUUAAGGCCGGUGUCAGACUGCAGAAUGCGGUUGAGAUGUUGGCUGGUGUUUGCUGUUUGUGUUGUGUGGAGUUUCUCGAUAACAGCGGCGAUUGAACCGAUCAGCACCAGCAUUGCUGUCGGUAUGGCGGCCGCAAUCACCGGCUUUCUGGCCAGUUAUCAGAACGUGCUGUAUUACUUUCAGGAGUGCUGCAGACCUGAGUGGAUUUCAUACAAUAAGACAGGAUUGAAGCACGACCUUGACAUGAAGCUGUUCGGGCAGCAUGUCGCUGCGCAGGUCAUCCUGAAAGCCGUCACGGGUUUCAUGAGCAGUGAAAACCCCAAGAAACCGCUGGUUUUGUCCCUCCACGGCUGGACGGGGACAGGGAAGAACUAUGUCAGCCAGCUCAUAGCCGAAAACAUUUACCAGAAAGGCUUGUCGAGCAGUUUCAUUCAUCUGUUUACAGCCACAGCACACUUUCCUCAUGAGAAGCACAUAGAUUUGUACAAGACACAGUUACAGGAGUGGAUAAGGGGAAAUGUUUCCAACUGCGCACGCUCUAUGUUUAUCUUUGAUGAAAUGGAUAAAAUGCAUCCCGGGCUGAUUGACAGUAUAAAACCAUACCUGGACUUUUAUGACAAUCUGAACGGAGUGUCGUACAGACAGGCCAUCUUCAUCUUCCUCAGCAAUGCAGGGGGAGAGAAUAUCGUUCAGGUUGCUCUGGAUUUCUGGAAAGCUGGAAGAAAACGAGAGGAGAUCAAGCUGAAGGAUUUAGAGACGGCACUUUCACUGUCUGUCUUUAACAACAAGAAUAGUGGUUUCUGGCAUACUAGUUUAAUCGAUAAGAACUUGGUGGAUUUCUUCGUGCCGUUUCUUCCUCUGGAAUACAAGCACGUCAUUCAGUGCGGUUUGGCUGAGAUGGCCACCAAAGGUCACGUGCCAAAACAGGAAGUGGUGGAACUGAUGGCCCAGGAACUGAACUACUUCCCUAAAGAGGAACGUGUGUUUUCUAUGCAGGGCUGCAAGAUCAUCUCCAGCAGAUUGGACUUCUAUAUUAACUGAACGAGAGAGAAAAACAGAAUUGAUUGACUGUGUGCUUUUUUUCCAUGGAACUGCCACUGUCCAUCGGAGAUUUAAUUUAUAUGCAGACACCGAGUGUGUUGGGAAAAUCAUCCUGCUCUUCUAGUACAAUUCACAUACUACUGCAUCCCAUGAUGUCACAAUCUCUGAUGAAAAAGACUGAUGAAAGCAAGGGGACGAUUUUUACCCAGACCAAAUGUUCUCUUAUAGAACUGUUUUAUUAAUUUCACAUCUUGCAGUUUAAGUCUUUGUUUUCAAGGAUGUGUCCGAUAGAGCUUUUUUUAAACUUUGCACAUUGUGGCGCUGUGAAACACUGGCUAAUUUUAUGUAAUGUUGUCGAUCUUUAUUAAUUAUCAUGAGUAAAACACAUUCAUUUGCCUUCACUUGAAAUGUCAGAUAACAAUUUUUAUUUUUAUUUUUAAGAAAAAACAGCAUGAAUUGAUUGCUUAAGAUGUUGAUGAUUGUCGGAUUUCUAACAAUUGUUGAUUUCAAUCUCGUUUUGAACUUUUAAACAAAAGCAGAAUGAUCUGAAACAUUUAGUCACCGUCAGGAUUUAUAUUUGAUUUUGUAUAUUUGAUUUUGUAUAUUUGAUUUUAAGCUCUUUAAGUUUGAUCAGAGGUGCUAUUAAGCAAAUCAGUGCCUGUUUACCAUAUAAGAAGAUCAUCUGAGUUUUGAAUAUAGUUGAUGAGCAUGUCAACAUGCUAUUUUUAUAUUUGUUGAUAAGUCAGUCUUCAUUAGUUGAUCAUCUCCUACUUGGAACUUAAUUGUACAUUUGAGAUGUGUAGGAAACCAAGAUAAAAUGGCUCGAAAAUACUCGAAGGAUUCAAUGUACAUAUUGAUUUUGAUAAAAGCUUUAUGAGUUAAACAUGGA